AUGUCAGAAGAUUUGAUUAUAGAGCUUCAGUCUCGUAUGCUGGGCUUAAAACGAAUGGAAUUAGCCCGAUUUGGAGAAGAAAUGAAAUGGAUAAAGGUAGAAGAAAUCGGAGAAAAGGGUUGGUUGGAACUGAUUAAAAUUAUACGUACAGUAUUUGAAGAAGAAGUACCUAAGUAUAAUACCGAGCAGCUUGACAGUCUAUUGGGAAAAAUACAAACUAUUUUAGACAGCAAAGCAAUGAGUCAAAAUGAGGAAAGCCUGAAAGCAAAAGAAAAGAGUGAACAGGAACUGAAACAGCUCAAAACACAGUAUGAAAAGUUACUAGUAGAGCAGGAAAAACUCAAAGAUCAAAUAAAUACUGUCCAAACCCAAAAUAAAACAACUGAGGACAUAACUAUAACUAGUGAAUCAGUAACACAACAAGAUAAGCCACAAAGUGCAUUUCUUAACAUGAAAACAAGCAUGCUCCGUCGGGAAUUCAAGAUACAAGGACAAAUCGGAGAGCCAGGGCAUAAAGAUAAACUAGCAUAUCAGUCACUCAUUUCACAGAUUGAAAUUGGGUUGCAAAAGGGUUACACAGAAGAGGAAAUUACCCAUGCUGUGGUUAGAGCUGUUCAGGCUGGGUUACAACUACGAAGUUAUUUGGAGGGAAUAAAUGGGUUGACAUUACCACGAUUACGUAAAAUACUACGCUUUCAUUUCCAAGAGAAAAGUGCUACCGAGCUCUUCCAGCUCUUGGCUAAUAUCAGUCAAGCCCCAAAAGAAAGUCCACAAGAAUUUUUAAUUCGUGCCCUGACAAUUCGGCAAAAAAUAGUGUUUGCAUCAAAAGAAUCGGAUACCAAGAUCAAAUAUGAUGAAGGGCUUGUCCAAGGCCUAUUCUUGCAUGCCCUAGAAACUGGCCUUGCCGAUGAAACCAUUCGGACUAACGAACGCGCCAGCUAGUUUCCAACGGUUCAUGGAAGGAUGCUUAGGGGAUGUACGUGACCAGAUAUGCAUUCCCUAUCUCGACGAUAUUAUUAUAUUUUCCAAAUCAUUCGAAGAGCAUGUUGAACACGUACGUCUAGUUCUGCAGAAACUGCAACAACAUGGUGUUAAACUGAAGUCAGGAAAAUGCAGGUUAUUCAAGCGUCAAGUAUCGUUUCUUGGGAGAAUAGUAUCAGAAAAGGGGUAUAACAUUGAUCCAAAAGCAACCGAAGCUGUUAUCCUGUUGAAGAGCAAAAUACCGCGAACUGUCGGCGAGGUUCGAAGAGUAAUUGGGUUGUUAGGAGUAUACCGACGUCACAUCAAAGAUUUUUCGAAGAUUGCUAAACCCAUCUAUGAGCUGUUGGAAGGGAAAGUGAACACUAAUCAGAACUCCAGGAAGAAUGGGCAACUGCCAUCGAACCACCCUAUUCAGUGGUCUAUGAAACACCAGACGGCAUUAAAUACAUUGAUUGAUUGCGUCACCUCACCCCCGAUUCUAGCGUACCCUGAUUACAGUUCACCAUACGUUGUUCAUACAGAUGCUUCCCAGAACGGGCUGGGAGCCGUGUUAUAUCAGCGUCAAGGCGGAACGCUCCGUGUCAUCGCAUAUGCAUCACGCACAUUAACGCAAGCUGAGAAGAACUACCAUUUACAUGCGGGGAAAUUAGAGUUUCUUGCUCUAAAGUGGGCGGUCAGCGAACAAUUCAGGGAUUAUUUAUAUUAUGCACCAUCCUUCGUAGUCUAUACUGAUAAUAACCCACUGACUUAUAUUCUCUCGACAGCGAAACUUAAUGCGACCGGUUUGCGUUGGGUUGGGGAACUUGCAGACUUUAAUUUUGAGAUCAAAUACAGACCGGGAAAAGUAAACAUCGACGCGGAUAGCCUGUCCAGAAUUCCUGCGGACUUCGAAAGAUUCAUGGACUCUUGUUCUGAAACGGUUUCAAAUCCGGAGUUCAACGCAGCAGUCUCUCAGAUUUCUUCCGUCAGCAAUGGUGAUUCCCCCUGGAUUACAUCAGUUACGAAUCAGCCGGAGGCCCUCGAGACAGACAAGUUAUUCUUGCCAGAGCGAGAAAACACCAUCCAGUUCAAACAGACAGAGUUCGCUAGAGCGCAACGAGAAGACCCAACGACAAGUCGGGUUCAGCGGUAUGUACGGGCGCGAAAGAAACCAACUCUCGAAGAAAGGCAACAAGAAACCCCUGAACUAAAGAAAUACCUCCGGGAGUGGCAUAAUCUCAUGAUCGACAGGAAGACCGGUAUUUUGUAUCGAGGCCAGCAACUUGUACUACCAACGAAGUAUAGAUCGUUAGUAUUUCGAGAACUACACGAGAAAAUGGGACAUCUUGGUCCAGAACGCGUUUUCAACCUCGCGAGGGAACGGUUCUAUUGGCCUGGAAUAAAGAACGAUAUUGAACAUUUUAUCACGCACGUGUGUAGUUGUGUUAAACAGAGAAAACCCACCUUUACCAACAGAGAACCACUUCACUCCAUUUCUACGUCCGCACCAUUCGAACUGGUAUCAAUUGAUUUUGUCCAUUUAGAGCGAAGUUCGGGAGGGUUCGAGUAUGUACUGGUCAUAGUCGACCACUUUACCAGAUAUACACAAGCGUAUUCAACACGGAACAAGACCGCGGCCACGGCAGCCGAUAAAAUUUACAAUGAUUUCAUUCCGCGCUUCGGCUUCCCGUCUAGAAUACAUCACGACCAGGGAGGGGAGUUUGAAAAUAAACUGUUUCGUAGACUAGAGCAGCUCUCGGGAAUCGCACAUUCAAGAACGACACCCUAUCAUCCACAGGGAAAUGGCCAGGUGGAGCGGAUGAACAGGACUUUGCUACACAUGUUGCGAACGUUACCCGAAGUGUACAAGUCUAAUUGGAAGGAUCAUGUGAACAAACUAAUACACGCGUAUAAUUGUACGAAGCAUGAAUCUACUGGCUUCUCCCCGUUCUUGCUACUAUUUGGUAGACCGCCUCGUCUUCCCAUUGAUUUGAUGUUUAACUUAACAAGAAAAGAAGAAUCAAUCGGUUAUCCAGCUUAUGCCAAUAAAUGGAAGAAAGCAAUGCAGGAAGCUUACAUGUUAGCAUCCAAGUCUGCGGAGAAAGCGGCGUCUAAGGGAAGGAAACAGAGCGAUAAACGC